GGCACCUGGCAUCACUGCUCGGAUGGUGAGUUCAAGGUGAUAGGCUUUUUUCGGAUGUUAGGCUUGAUAGGCUUGAAACGUCAAACUGUAGAGCAUAACAAAACAGAAUUGAAAGUAAAGGAAAGCGUUCAAGUUGAUUGAUGAAAAUUAGCGGAAAAUUAUUGAAUUAUUGUUAUUAUUAGUGGAUUAGAUUGUUAAAUUGGAAUAUUAAAUUGCAGAAUUUGAGUGGAGCGGAAUAGUUGCUGGACAGUGGUAGCGUGAGGAGUGAAAAACUAUUCAUGUUUGUUAAUGUAAAAACAAAAUGGUGAAUGUAAACUUAAAUAUACUUUAUUACAGUUUUGAGCUGCAACACUAAACGCCGCUACAAGAACAUAGUUUGCGAUCCGAACAUUCUCAAAAAUGAAUACCGGAUCAAAUCCUCGCCUUCCCGACCCGAACGAGACGGCAUUCAAUUGCGGAAAGUGCAACCGACCGGAUGAGGACGAAAGCCAGAUGGUGUUCUGCGACAACUGCCAACGUUGGUAUCAUUUUGGCUGUCAAGGAGUCACGUCGGAUAUACAGGAAGAUCAUGACUGGGUAUGUAGCGAUUGUUCUGGUGAGCGAGCAGAAACGACCCCUGAUGACCCGGAAGAAAGGGAGGUAUUAGAAGCGGAAAGGUCUAUUGCUCUCGAGCGCGAGCGGUUGUCGGCCCUGAUAGAGAAGAAGAAACGGGUGGCAAGUAUGAAGUUAAAGUUAGAAAUCGAGAAGAGGGAAGCGCUGUGGCAGUUAGAGAAGCAGGAGUUAGAGGCCAAAGCUAUAGCGGUAGAAGAAUUCAAUAAAAAGAAAAGGGCAGAAAAGGAGAAAUUGCAACGUAGAAUAGAUAAGGCUCUGUCAGAACGCGCGGAAUUGGAGAACGAGGAAAGCACGAUACGAUUCUGUAAGAAAACGUCUACUCCAAUGGUUCGUUCAGGAGAUGUAGCCGAGAUGUCAAAAGUUUCGAAAGUCAAAGUGAAUUCGGUUCGCGCGAAAGUUGUGGACACUGAUGCAACAACAGAAAGUGAAAGUGAAGGUGGAAGUGAUGGUGAUACAAGCGAUGCAAGUUUGAAAGUGGGUGAAGUACCAACGAAGGCCCAACUGUCUGCGCGGCAGUUUCUGGCUAGACGGCUGCCGACGUUCACUGGGAAUCCGGAAGAGUGGUCAAUUUUUAUCUCCAGCUACGAGACGACGACCAAAGCAUGUGGAUUCUCCAAUCUGGAGAACUUAGUUCGGCUGCAGGAAUGUUUGAAGGGACCGGCACUUGAAGCAGUAGGAUCGCGUCUUCUACUGCCUCAGUUCGUUCCAAAAGUAAUGCAAGAGCUUCGUGAGCAGUUCGGACAACCGGAGCAGAUUUUGGAGACUUUGUUAGUAAAGGUGAGAUCUGCCGAUGGACCGAAAGCGGAAAAGCCAGCGACGUUCAUCACAUUCGGCCGUCUUGUUCAACAGCUUUGUGACCAUAUGGAAGCAACCCACUUGGAUGACCAUCUAACGAAUCCGUUACACAAGUUUACAAAAUAAAACGAAAGUCGUGAACUUCUGUCAACGACCAAAAUUUUUGAAGCACAAUUUAGUGCUGAUUUCGAAACCGACCUUCAAAAAAUUUAAAGUAGAACAGUUUUUGAGUUAUAGCUCAAUAUCGAGUUUUGUAGCUUUUCAAAAUAUAUAAUUUACUAAAAUUCAAAUAUAUUGCGUUUUGUUCAACCAAUUUUAAAUCUUUUUCCGUAAAUUAAAAGCUGAAUACAAUACCAUUCGAUCAUCUGAAUACA